AUGGUAGCUGUUACCUCUAACUUAGAAUCACUUGAAAUUGUUAGUCAUAAAAAGCUAAAACUAUUUGGCUUUCUGAUUGAUCCUUGUGCAAAAGGGACCAAAGAUGGUGAAUCGCUCGACGAAAAAAGGAUUUCUAUCCGUUCAAAUGUUAAGAAAUACAAAUGUCCGUUUUGCUGCAAGAAGUUUGUGAAUUCACAGGCUCUAGGAGGCCACCAAAAUGCUCAUAAAAAGGAAAGGUUGGAGAAGAAAAAGAUGGAGAUUCAAGCUAAAAAGGCUAAAUUCAGUCUUUAUUUCGGGUCUAUAUUGGAUCACACCCAUGAUUCUAGUUUAUCUUUCAAGAGUUUUUCAUCCUAUUUUAGCUUCUACUACUCGGAAGAGUAUCCAAAUAUGAACUUUAGCACUACCCGUAUCACCAACUCGCCUAUCCUAGAUUCCUGUUCCAGGUUCCAGCAAGACGGUGCUACGUUCAGGAUCGGGGAAAAUGGCACUUGUUAA